AUGAACCGGGACUCGUCUCAUAUGAGUGCCAAACUCCUGGCGGCAGAGGUGAGCGACUUGGAGCAAGGUGGAAUGUGCAGCCGCUGUGAAAAGGCCAUCACGGGAGAGAACUCUUCGGGCUUCUCGUACUUGAAGCUGUUUUUGGUCUUUUUCCUAUGCCAGAUCCCUGUCUUGGGGCUUAGCUUCCUUACCUUCCAUAACUUCCAGACGAAUAAUGUUGGUCCUGUAUCCAGAGGAAUCGACCAGCAAGAUUACUUCACUCUCGAGAGCUACAACUCCACCGAGAAGCUCUACGACAUUGUAGAUGCUGCUGAUAAAUCGCCGGAAGCAGACGCGUUCUGGCAUGAGCUUCAGGAAACUGAUGGCAUAGUCGCGGUCCAUAGCGAAUGGGCAAAGAAACAGGAACUUCCCGAGACAGUCUCUCACCCUGACGAUCCGGCUUCCAAGAUUUACCAAAUCAACGUCUUCCACGCGCUGCACUGCUUGUACCGCAUCAGAAACAGACUCACAUCAAACAUACCCCUCGAGAAGUGGCCGCGCAACGACAUCCAUACCAUGCACUGCGUAGACCACAUCCGAAACGACUUGAUGUGCCACGCCGACAUCUCGCUCUCGGGGUCGGACGAGUACGUCUCGUUCAACUCGCACAGUCACCAUCAGAAGUGCAGAGACUUGGGGGCCCUACAGAGAUGGGCGAAGCGACACAGCUGGGCUGGGUACAAGGUUUACUUGGAAGGCGUUAUUGGGUAUGACUUCAACAAGGCAGAGCGUGUGAACAUGGCUACGGCUGGGAAAGGGCACUGGAAUAAGGCGCAAAGUACGCUUGACAAGGACACUGGGAAGAUUGAGCUUUGGUUUGAAGAGGAUUGA